GAACAUAUCGACCUGAUCCAGAUCCACUUGUUCUAGUGGUUCUUCUAUACCAAAGUCCACAAGGCCCACGUGAAUGUACGGCUUCUCCGAUAGGUGUAGAUUUGUGGCCGAAUGUGCGGUCUUAUGCGCCCCCAGUACGUAACUUGUAUGGCAUUAGUUGAACGAGUUAAUUAAUUGUUUGAAAGGGCGGUGGCAUAUAGUUAUAGUCCUGACCCGCAAAAAAAAAGUCAACGCAGAACUUUCGCGAGUAAUGAAUGGGUGAGUGAAUGAGUGAAUGCAUGAAUCAAGAAGAUGAAGACUUCUUCAGCACAUGGCCUCCGAGCCCGAGGCCAAGAUGGUUGCCGCCGUGCUGUUGGCCUCUUCAAAACAGCAAGUGUAGUUACAGCAGGAGUAUUGGCUUUGGCUUUUUCUGUCGGUGUGAAGGAGAUUUCUGCCUAUGACAUUGACGGAAUCUAUAAGAGUCCGCAUGCAGCUUAUGGACCACGUGCGAUCCAAUUGGUUAGCACGACGACUGCGGGCACUUCUUCUACCACCAAGAACAAAGACUCCCACGGCCACAAGAGUGAUGAAAAACCAAUGAUUCUCACGGUAUUGGGAGGACCUCCGAAAUUUAUGAGAACAAUUACAGAUCGGGACUAAAAAAUUGAUAUUUUUUGCGGGCUUUAUUCUUAUUGUUUUGAUGAAGAACUUGAACUGCAUCAUGUCGCUCAAGUGAAUCUCCGCCUACAACAUAGUAGAAACGACAAAGGACGAAAGAUGAAACCACAACACGAAAAAUACAGACGGACGAGCAAUGAGGAAAAUGCUUCUAUGUGAGUAGAAAGAAGGUACUCGUCCAAUGCCUAUGAUUAUUUCUAUGUCCCCCUCCCCUCUAUUUACUUCUUCUUCUUCUUCUUCUUCUUCUUCUUCUUCUUCUUUCAUGAAAGCCUUUCGCAAAGGAGUCAAGAACAAGAAUAAUAUCAACAAGCACCUCCUUAUGAAGACCACAGGGAAAAAGUUACUCAUACUUCUCAUGUUAAUAUACGCGAAGAGAAAGGGAAAAACUUUUCUAAGUAGGAGAAGAGAAAAGGCUCCUUUUCUAGGUAGGAGACUGCAUCUUGAUCUUUUCUUGUAGUUCCUGAGUAUGUUGAGUAUGAGUAAGUACAUCACUUUUUCUUUUCAUACACGUUAAAAAAGAGGAGGUGGUGGAGCAUGACAUCAUUGUGAAGCAUUACAGAGGCAAUGACGGAGGUUGGUUCCUGACACUUCCGAAAUCGGUGAAAGAAGAACUGGAACUCCCAAGCACCAAAGUUCGCAUUCUCGAACACGCAUUUGGAAGAAGCCUCUUAUGAGACUAAUAGAAUCGAAGCAAGAACAAGGCCAAAGGUCGUACUUGUUACGUAAGAAUGUUGACUCCCUGGUGAAGCUAGUUUGUGUACAGGAGAGAUUACAAAUAGAAGGAAAAGUUGUUGUUGUAUAAAUAAUUUCGAAUACUCCUGUCAGCGGAGCAGGUAAAGCAACUUCUCCACACCUAGCUAAAAAUAAAGGUAGUACUAUUAGUACGGUAAAUAAGUACUAGUAUUAAUACAUAAUGCACGCGUCCUCCUUGUCUUUAUCAAUCCUGGCAUGCGACUGAAAGAGAUAUCGUUAUCGACUACCUGAUCUACAUCAGAAAUACAACUAGUCCAAAAUUCAAUCUCUAAAUCUUGUUUUCGGUGCUGGCAAAAAAACCGAAGAGGACUGGUAUCAAUUUGGCGGUUAUUUUCGAGUAUGCGUGAAGAUUCUGGGUGCGUUGACAUUGGGUUUAUUCUUACCGAUCGUUUUGGCUUCGCCACUCAUCCGAAGCUACUUCCCGCAGAUCAUGAAAGCUGUUGGAGGAAUUGGAGCUCCUGUUAUGCUAAACUCAGAGCGAUCCUUCUACUUGAUUUUGUAGCUAGUUGAAAAGAUGCACCAUCGUAUUUCCCACAGCUUUUCUAACAGGCGAGGCACACCGGUGGGGUACAUGUACCUCACUCCUACACCGUUGUUUGCAGCACUGAUGAUGAGCACGACUUGGAUCCUGCUUUUGCUUGCUUCCCCGCACACCCCUGGUCAGAUUGGUGGCAUUGUUUAAGGCUUGAGUUGAUGUUUUACUGAAGUACAUAUAUUUACUUUUGAAUUCAUCCUAACAAACUGAUCCAUCGCUGUCUAGUCCGUUCAUCAUCCUAUCAAUUUACAUAAUUUGAAUUCAUCAUCUAUACUAUUUUUACUUGAUUCGAAAUAUUCACGACGUCAUCUGCCUGGAGGGACCGUUCUUCUCUAUGAGAGACUUUAUCUAUAGAGAUCGUCUAAGUCAUGCUGGAAUUGUGCUCCUUGUGCGCAACUUUGUGCGUAUCCGUCUCGCUGGUGAUUCUGUAUCCGUUUUUCUGCCAAACUGGAUGGAGCCGGUUUCCGAUGACCUAUUUCGUUGGCGUCGCCCUUACUGUCACCUUGCUGUGUACCUUGAUUAAGAGGAGGUUGGAUUUGCUGUUUUUGGUGUUGUAGGUUCUGUGAGUGCCGUUUUUUAGUCUUAGUCGUUUUGUUUUCUCCUAGACCUGCUACGGGAGAAGUGCUGACUGUAAACUUCACGCACUGCUUCUAACUUGCUCCUGUGUCUCGUGAUCUUCGGAUCGAAGUCAGGGGAUGCGUUGAAUUUGACACGGCGGCGAAGUUUUUUCGCAUUUUUGCAGUUCCUUGCGAUUUCGAGCACUGUGAUCAUGUUUCUGAGCAGCAGUUGGAAUAACGUGUUUGGUGGAAAUUACAAAGAAAAUUACGGCCGCUAGGCAACCACUAUCCUUCCCAUGGGGACCGACUAUGUAUGCUGAGGGGAAUGAUCAGGGCGCAUGACUAUGACAACUAUCCUCCACCUAUGUGGCUGAUGUAACUGUUAGUGUGUAUGAUGAGGGGAUCAACUCGAGAAGGGCUUAUUCUCCUUAUGUGUUGAAUACAGCAAGCCUAAGUGGAGCCGAUGUAAGUAUAUAACUAAGGAUGAAUGAAGAAUAACAAGCCAACUGUAGAAGGAACUACAAACUACGGUGGAACCCACUUUUUAAAAGCAGUCACACCCACUCAAGAACGUCAACCAGGCAAAGUGAAGAUUGUCUAAGAGAAUCCGAAGAACAUGGCUGGAACUGUGUGUGCUGUGUUGAUGGCCGCGGCUUGGUGGUACGAUGGACGUGUUUACCUCGGCCACGAGGUCGCAAUUCAUUGUUAAGGCAGAAGAGAGUGCAAGAUUCUAGCAUAGGAAUUAUAGGAACAAUACGUACGCUAUAAUUUUCUGCAGCAAAAGGCUACUACGUACUCGAAAAGUUGACGACAAGUCAACUACGAGCAAAGUAAGUGUUGAUGGUAAGCACAAGAUCAACAAAAACGUUGUGGAAGAGAGUCUGGCAAUUACGAAGGCCUACGCGAACAGGAAUUUUAUAUAUAUGCAUUGACAGUCUCAGUCACAGGAAUAUGAGCAUCAGUAACAGAGGCUGACGUCCCAGUCCUUCUUCUUCCUUUUCUAAUCUUUGCCUGCCGGCUUCGGACUCGCUUACUACACUUCUUCUCUCAUCGUGCGGGCCGUUUUUCUGCCCAGCUUCUUGGAGGACCAAGAAAGAGCCAGGGCCAGGACUCUUAUGGUAAUCACUCUGAUGUACUCUUUGGCACUAGUACUAGUUGCAUUCUUUCGCAGUUCCCAACAUAGAAGAUCACAACUACCACAAACAAGAGAAAUAUUAUUAAAGGAAACUCCGAUAAUAUGGUUUUUUUUGGCCUAUAAAUUUGUACCUUCACUUUUUGGUUUUUUCGGUCUUUUCCUAGUUAGGUUGGCUCCCCCACUAGUAUAGGGAACUCCGAGAUCAUGAGGGGACCAAGACCGAGAUUAACAAAAGAAGCGGGCUAAGCAUCUUCUAUAUCUAAAAAUGCUCCUGAGCAGCACAAAAGGCAUGCCACGAUCUCCUCGACAUCAGAGCGCGCAGUUUCUAGCGUAUCGGACAUCAACACCGAUCAUGUUAAGGCUAAAAGAAAUCCAUCGUCUUCGUCCCCAGCGUCGGUCUAAGUAACUAUGUUGGUCCUUCCGUUCUUCCUCCACAGGGAAGAAAUAUGAACCAGAACCAAGAUCAUGAUCGACGCUGAAUCCGAAGAAGAAGAAGAUGGAUCCAUCUGUCGCGUAGUUCUAAGCAUCGGGAGGGUUCGGCUUGCGAGAUCGAUCUCGACCUUGAUCGAGCUCGUGGACGACAUGUCUCUCUGGGAAAUACAGAUCGGGCAUCCAGAUUUGUUGCCCAUAUCCCGCUAUCAUUAAGGCUACCGCUGAAGCAUGUUGGUUGCGAUGGAGCACACGAUGAAUGAUCCCACCUUGGUUCUUCAUUUUCUACUUGCAAGUUUUUUUGAUUUUUUCUCGCUUGCGAUCCUCAUCACAGAAAAGAAGACCCCAUUUCGCUGCUAUCCUCAUUAUAGCAAAAGAAAGUCAAAAAAUAUAUAAGUAGGCAAAAAACAAAGCCAUAAAGAAAAUUAAAGACCUUUUAUGUAAGGCACUGCAAACACCUCCAGCUGGGCACAUUUAUUCAUUCACUCACGCCAAGAAAUGACAUGACUCUCGUCAAGGAUGAUCAUCAUGCGAGCGCGGUAGCUCUUCUAAUUUCGAUUGUGCUUACGAUUACCGGUACAUUUGCCUACUCGUGGCUUUGGGACAAGACUACGUUUGUCUGUUAUGGCUGGUUCAAGCACUAGAAAGUUGUAGGAAUACUUAAUCGAGGAUGUAAGUGUACCUAAAUCUAAAACAAGAAAUGAAGUCGAGCAGGGACUACCGGUUGCGCUCGAUCAUGUGCAGGGUCCAUAAACUAAACCAGUACAGUAUACUAUAAAUUUCUCACCUUGAUUACGUCAUUCUCUUCGUGUUUCUUUUUUCUUAGUUAGGGCUCUACAACAAUUACAGAAGAGGACUACGUACAGUACACGCAUAUUAAAAGUAAGAGUUUCGGUUCUAAUUUGCCCUAUUUCUAGGUACGUCAUGUUGGAUGCUUGGGUUUCUCUCUUACAUGGGAGUAUUUUCAGCCGUCGGCCUCUACAGAAUCAGAAAGGCCUGUGCCAAAAAUUGGAGCAGAGAAUGGGAAGAGUAUCUGGAAGCCAACCCCGUGGUUGAUGAAGGUCUGUUGCAUUUUGUGUUGAUCACGAAUGAGAAUCAAUCUCCAGAAGGAUUGUUGUCCCAAACGAUAGCGAAUCUGGGCAACAGCACGAUGUCCAAGUACAUGGUUUGCGUAUUUUAAGGCUAGCACAAGAAUGAACGGAUGUAUGGUUCUGGUAUUUGGUAACCUGAAUUUGAUCCUAAGAGUUCUCUUCUUGUUUUCCCUUAGGAUCAAAUUCAGGCUAUACCAAAAAUACCGGAACAAUUCAAAACAGAGUAUGCCGGUACUUGCUAUGGAUUCAUUUUAGAUGAGACGAGCACGAGAAACGGAACAAGUCCAAUGAUUUUUCUUGAAACCUCUAAUUUUUGGCGAUGGAGGAACGAGAAGCUGACGAGGACCGAGAAGUGGCAGAGCGGUUGAUCGCGAAGCACGGCGCUCUCUUUCUCGACAUGUUCGCCACUUAUUUAAGGCUACAAAUUCAAAUUGAAUCUAGAGAUAAAGUCCUUCUCUGGGAACCUACUGCCUAGGUACAAUCAUCAUCAUCAUCAUCGUCAUCUUUUGUAUCAUCAUCUAUCUACGCCUUCUUUGAUGCGCCGGCAGUCUGCCUUGGACUUUCUGCGAGCAGAUUCGUUGCAUUGUAUCUUCCUCUUGCACUUCUCUCCCACUACAAAGUCAACAAGGUUUCGUCUUAUCCCCCACUACAAACCUCUCCUAAUCCAUCACCCUCCUGACUUGCCUGGUGAAGUUAGAGGUAAAGGAGCCUGUGCGCAGUGGGCCUUCCGAGAUAUCCAAAGAUGGCACGCAGACUAUGUGAAGACAGACGCCGAACACUUAUGAUGAAGCAGAUAUUUACCAUGUUCAUGUUGUAGUUGUUGAAUGGAGAGGGGCUGGAAUAAAGGCAGAGCGAGACUAUGUUGAACUUACACCUUCUCUUAUAUAUCUUCCUCUGUCUGGUCUGUCUCUUUUCUAGUUAGGUCGGCUCCACCACAAAUAUACAAAAGCUACAGUAGACAAAUACGAGUGAGUUACGAACUACAGAAGUUUUUUCCGUGUACCAAUCGAACUACGUGAUAUGAUGAUAAAUUAUGUAGAGAAGUUGUAACAGUUCUUGUACAGAAUUUUUCAUGGUUCCCCCUUGAGUUUCUAACCACAGAAGGAGGAAUCAGUAUCACUCAGUUUGACGCGUCAAAGGUCUUCGUUACACAAAUGGAUACAGAUACGAUUUUUCACAAGGAACACUUCGCGAAUCUUACUCUGAACGCCAUGCAAAUGAAGCCAGAAGAUCGGUGCUGGACAGCAUGGCAAGCGCCUGUGUUGGUACUAAGUGCUUUUUUAUGGAGUAACACUAUGCCAAAAGCGAACAUAGACAAGUGGUCUCUUGGCUAAAAGACCCCUUUUCUAUGUUCGCUUUUGGCAUGGUGUUACUCCAUAUACUUUUGAUUUGAAUUACUUAUAUUAGAAAUUGGGUUUGUUGUUUGAGUUUUUUUUUACUACGUACUCGUACUCUCAACAAAGAAACAAUUUCAAUUUCAAAUCAGUUUGACUUUUACUUCAUCAAUCAAUGAAUCUAGACGUAUUAGGCUUCCAUUCCUUCAAUUCAAAUUUUCAAUGUCCUCAGCAAGCUUCCUCCCUCGUAUCUCUUCAUGCAAGAAUGACUUAUCAAAUCUAUCAUAAUGUUUGUCACAGGCAGGAGCUUCGAAGAUUAGUUUCCUAGACUUUUCAACAACUUUCUCGUUCUCAAUACUUCUUAUUAUAGCAAUGGCGUAAUUGGGCUGUGGUUCCAAGGAUUGUUCGGCCCAGCGUUUACGGAAAUAACAUGAACGAGAUCAGCGGAUGCAGUGCUUCUCCUUUUAUGUUGAAAAAGUAGAUGACGAGGUCGUGACAUAGAGUGGCAGUGAUUGAUGAUGUUGAAAUAUUUACUUUUACAAGUGUGCUGAGCAGAGAUUCAAGUUGUGGCCGUCCUCUCCUUAUCCACCCCAAGCUCUUUCUCCUUGUCCUGAAACUUUUCCACACCUCAAGAUAGAACAAUUCAAAUCUCCUUUGUCCUCUUUCAUACCCCACGUGCCUCAUUGUACAUCGAACACCUUUACGAUGACGUUGGCUUUACUGAGUCACCCUGCUGUGGACGGGUGGUCAGAGGAGGAGGUCUGCGAGGAUCACCAUAUGACGUUCAAAGCUUUCUACGCUUCGCAUUGGGAGAGUUUGGCUGGAGAAGAUCGAAGUUUAUGAGUGUGAUAAGUGAGCAGUAGAAGAGUGUGAAUGUGAUAAGUGAGAAGUAGUAGAUGUUGAAGUUGUUUUUUUCUAGUACUUCUAUGACGAUGAGUAGUGGGGAGUUGAAGUUGUGGUAAUCCAACUUGCAUUCUAGAAGUACUUCUAAUAGAUACUAAUACUUAUAAAGUGAGAAAAGCUGAAAGACGAAGAACUGAAGAUUGUCGUGCUCCUACUAGUACUAAGUGUACUUAAUUAACAAGUACCUAAAUAGUUUGUAGCUGGUCUCCCCCUUCUCCUAGUGGAUCACCGUCUACAGUUGUGGCUCUGACCUUUUGUCCGCAUCUUCUGGUAACCUCUUGCUAGGUAAAUGAAUUAAUGAAUCAAUGAAUGAAUACGUAAAGGUAAACCGAACCUCCUAACCUAACCUAGCCUAGCCUAGUCCAUGAGUCAUGGCCAUCAUUCUUUCUCCUUCUUCAUGUAAAGUGCGAUCGCCAUCGAAGUUCAAGAUUACCCCUCUGUACACUCCGGUAAGCGCUUUUGUGGCUGCCGACGGCGAUAGUACCGUACGUGCGAGGUAUUUUUUCUCAGACAUACCUUAUUUACUAUAGAAGUAAAGAUAAUCCAGUUCUGUAUUCUUUUCCUUGGUGCUAGAUGCUUAGUCCUUUGUUGUGUCUUUUCCUAGUCAGGACAGCUCCACCACAACUUAUUAGAUAAUCCAGUAGGAGCAGGUCUAGGUACAUCUACUAGUACACUUGAAUCUAUCACGUAGGAUGCUUGCAUCGAUGAAGAUCACACACUCUCUGUCUCGCGGUCGCGACGCAAACACAACAACUUUUUCUCUCCAGCGUCCUGCAGAGUAGCCGCUUGUUGAACAAAAAUGUUUUUCCUCACACAUAGACACUCACUCACUCACUCACUCACUCACUCACUCACUCGGAACUCAGGUUCCUCCAGAGCAAGCGCGACAUGCAGGCUGUGCAUCAGUAUGCCUACUUCCUGUUGCAGUACUUCAACAUCUGCUGCACGAGUUACGAGCCCCUGCCAUGGUCUGCGCAUUUCCAGUGUCUCUUGUUUUUAAGGGUGAUAUUCUUGAUAACUAAGUGUACUUGUAACUUCGGAAUGUAAAGAAAUCAUGAAGUAGCGAGAGGCAAUUAAUAACAAGAUGCAUUAACUAAGAUGCAUAUUACGGGACAUCGACAACAUUAUAGUAGACAUUCUUCGUAUUUACCUGCUCGUCAGUAGACAGGAUCAGGAAUAUAUCUUCUCCUCUCCCUCUUUCUCUAAUUCUUAUCACAAAAUACGGGACGUUGUAUAUUCUGAGCUGCAUCCAGGAGAUGAUAGUGGUGCUCACUUUCAUGCUGCUACCAGUUGUAAUGCUCCUCUCCCCUGCCGCCCGUGAAGUUAUGUCUACUGAAAGGCAAGAAACCUCUCAACUACUUCAAUGACGCAUUUCAUGUCUUUCUGCUUCUUAACUACUUCAAGUCUUUUUUCUUCAUAGCAUAAGUAUGACCCUACCCUGUCGAUCCUAAGUUGGCAGCUCUAUCCUCUUCUAGUUGCUCUUCAUAUAAGAUGUCCUAACAACUCUCAUGUAGGUAUCCUCUACUGUCUCUAAGUAUCUCUUCCUCUAUCCGCAUAAGUAUCCUAUAGAAGAUCUAUCUAUAGAGAAUAUCCUAUAUGAAGAUGCUCCACUAUCCUCGUUGGUUUACAAGUUCUACUUGUCUGUGGAAUCUUGUCACAUCGAUUCAUCCCGCCGGUAGGUGCUGCAUACCUAUUUGGGAUGCACAGAAUAGAAUACUCCCUAUCCUCAUAUCGAUAUCUCUCUACUCCCUUCCCUUAUCCCAAAUCUUCUAAAGCCUCCUUCUUUGCGGCCUGGGAAACACUCAGUCACAUGAGAGCCGAUUCGCCAGCGCUGAAUCUGAUGUGCAUUCUGGUUGAAUUCGGAACGCCUAUCACGUAUAUUCUCGUGGGGUUCGUCAACCGCAUCGGUCUCAAAGAUUCCAAAGAAGGCCUGUACUCGAUUGUAUUAUAAUCUGCUCAAAUAAAAGAUUCGAAAGAAGGCCUGUACUAGAUUCUAUUAUAAUCUGCUCAAAAGAUCUAUAGUACCUUUUCCGAACAAAAUAAAUCGAGGCCCUUGGUCUAAAACUGAUAAUCUCAAAUAAGAUUCGAAAGAAGGACUGUACGUGCUUCUGGAGAUUUUAUUUUGGUAGAAUUAGUACUAGAAUUAUACAUAGAACUCUUUGGAAUAUUCAAUUUCCAAUCUACUUUAUAAUGGCCCCGAACAGUGAUCCUCAUCUCCUUGCAGGUGCGCCCACUCCUAUGAUCUCCUUGCAGGUGAGCCCACUCCUAUGAGUUCCUUGCAGGUGAGCCCACUCCUAUGAGUUCCUUGCAGGUGAGCCCACUCCUAUCGUCCUGUCCUAUGAUCCUAUCGUAUCCACCUGCUCCCUCACUCCACGACCAGAUACUGCCCCCUGUAUUUCCUCUCUACGCCGGACGAAGAUCGUGCAGGAGAGGAAAAGGAUGA